AUGGCCCCUGGUCGCCGAUUCCACGUCCACGGGCAAGUGAAAGGUGGUUACCACUUUCUUCCACGUGUGGAUAGACUCGCGGGAAGCCCUGGUCCAGAAAUUCCACCACGUGUGCUCGUGCCAUUUGACUCGACGACUCCCUCCCCGUGUCUGUUUAUGCGUGGAGCCGCCCCUGACUACGAUCUCUUUCUCCUGGGAAUCCUUGACAAUUCUGUUAUCCCGGCGACCUUGAGACCAAGGAGUUUUGAUCCGGUGACGCAACUAGCAACUUGCAAGUUGGUGGCCUGGCCUGUUCCUCACUCGCAUCCCUGCUUGCCUUACGUCGUCCACACCAACGUGAAAAUGGGCUUGGAGACGGAGACGAUCACCUUUGAAGGCAUCCCGUUCCCGGCGGAGAUCACCGCCGGCGCCGGCGGUGAGCCUCUCUCCCUCCUAGCCAACGGUAUCACGGACAUCGAGAUCCACUUCCUGCAGAUCAAGUACAACGCCAUAGGGGUCUACCUCCACCACACCAACGGCGCGCUGCUGUCCCACCUCGGCGCGUGGAAGGGCAAGACGGCGGAGGAGCUGCUGGCGGACGCCGCCUUCUGGUCCGCCCUCGUCUCGUCCCCCGUCGAGAAGCUGCUCCGCGUGGUGGUCAUCAAGGAGAUCAAGGGCUCGCAGUACGGCGUGCAGCUGGAGAGCUCCGUCCGCGACCGCCUCGCCGCCGCCGACCUCUACGAGGACGAGGAGGAGGAGGCGCUCGAGAAGGUCGCCGAGUUCUUCCAGUCCAAGUACUUGAAGCCGGGCUCCGUCAUCACCUUCCACUUCCCGGCCACCCCGGGGCCCGCCGAGAUCACCUUCGUCACGGAGGGCAAGGGCGACGCGAGGACCACCGUGGAGAACGAGCACGUCGCCGGCAUGAUCCAGAAGUGGUACCUCGGCGGCGAGAACGCCGUGUCUCCCACCACCGUCCGCAGCCUCGCCGACCGUUUCGCCGCGCUGCUCGCCGUCGCCGCGUGA